CCACAGCGUCAGAGGUUUUACUUUCUCAGCAAAGUGGUUCCACAAAGGGUUUAUAUCUUGAUGCUUCGUGUCAACAGUGCAGCAUCUACUGGCCUGAAAGCAAAAUGGGCAAAUUGAAUGACCUGAGCCAGUACAGGUGUAAUACCGCCUCCACCUGUCUCACCUACGGCAGAGAGUCCAGACAGUGAGGAGGGUCCAGGACCAGAAGUCCAGUCUAACCUUCACCAAUGAUGGACCAGCACCUGCCUUUUCAAUCAUCAACCACAUCACAUCAACACCUUGAGGGACGGCAGAAUCCACCUCGGGCCAGAACCACACCUUGCCCAGCAAGAAACGGUGCGACGGUUCAACUUCCGGUUCUAAUUAUCCAAUCAGCGGUUGGAUCCCGGCGUCCAGGGGCACUUUCAGUCUCAGGUUUGGCCGCGGUCUCCACUGUCUUCCAGCCGCUCUUCGGUCACUCCAGGCGGAUCAGAGACAAGCGGCGGAUCCCGGACGGAUGAUGAUGGUAUGGGUCGGUUUAAUGACUCUAGCCCGGUUCAACAGGGACCCGCACCGGGACGCGGAUUGAGGUCCGGCCGGCCUUAGGCGCUGUUGUCGGACUCUGAGCCGUCGGGGGACACCCGGAGCGGGGGAGUAUUCUUCCCGGUGCCAGUCUGGAAGUUUGUGAAAGCAUCACAGAGCUCCCUGAACCAACAGCACAGACACCAUCACAUCUGUUUGAUCCUCACAGCUGUCUGCAUCCGGCAUCACCAUGGCAACACUGUUCAGAAACGUCUCAUCCAAAUACAAGGACAUCAUCUCCAAAAGUACUCAGAUCAGUUCAGGAUCUCCUACUGUCUACCAGCUGACAACAAAGAAAGAGGCGUUUGGAACUAUGACCAAAGUGACUGUUGGUGAGAAAAAUCAUAAUAAUGAAAACAAAACCAUCUUACUUGUUGGUGAAACAGGAACAGGGAAAUCUUCUCUGAUCAACACUCUGGUCAACUACGCCAUGGGAGUGAAGUUUAAAGACAACAUCUGGUUUGAGAUCGUUGAGAGAGAGACGAGAAGUCAGACACAAAGUCAGACAUCAGAUGUGAUCGUGUACGAGAUCUUUAACUUUAAAGAAAAAACUCUGCCCUACUCUCUGACCAUCAUUGAUACUCCUGGAUAUGGAGACACCAGAGGGAUUGAACUUGAUGUCAUUGUCAGUCACAGAUUAUUUGACUUGUUCAGUUCAGAAAAUGGAGUUCAUGAAAUUAAUGCAGUGGGUCUGGUGAUGAAGGCGACAGAGAACCGACUGAGUGACCGAUUGAAGUACGUCUUUGAUUCAGUGAUUUCUCUGUUUGGAAGAAAUGUGGAGGAGAACAUCGUCGCUCUCAUCACUCACUCACCUGGAAGAACACCUAAAAAUGCUCUCAAAGCUCUUGAAGAUGCAAAAAUCAAAUGUGCCAGAAAUGAGAAGAAUCAACCUGUUCACUUCCUGUUUGAUAACUGCCAAAAUGAAGACCGAACAGAGGACAUAAAGACAGCUUUAGAAAGUGCAUGGGACUUAACAAAUGAAAAAAUGCGUAAAUUCAUACACUUUCUGGAGACAUCCAGACCUCAAAAGCUGGUUUCAACAGUUGAAGUGUUGCAGUCACGCAUCAAGCUGGCAGCCUGCAUCCACAACCUGCAAGACAGAAUCAAAUUGAUUGAACUGAAACAGAAAGAAAUCAAACAGACUCGAGAAGUUGUGAAGAAACAUGAAAAAGAGAUGAUGAAGAAUGAGAAGUUCAUUGUAGACAUUGAUGAGGCCUACAAAGAGAAAGAAACUACUGAGGGUGGGAGACGUUGGUUGUUUUUUUCUGAAGGAGCUGUUUGCUGUACUGUCUGUGAAGAGACCUGUCACUACCCAUGCACCCUGGCCCGGACGCCCAAACGCUGUAAAAUCAUGGAACGUGGCCACUGCAUUGUUUGUACCAAUAGGUGUCCUGUAUCGGCUCAUGUCAAACAAAACUGGAGGUUUGUGAACAAGACAAAGAAAGUUCAGAAGACUGAAAAACAGAUGAAAGAGAAGUAUGAAAAGAACAAGUCACAAAGUGAUAAUAAGUCGAGCCUCUUGGAAAACCUAGAGAGGGAAAUGAGAGAGCUGACGGCAGAGAAGACUCAGUGGCUUGAAGAGGCCUACCGACAUGUCGUCAGACUGGAUCAGAUCGCCCUGAAUGUGGAUUCAGUGUCCACCCAUGUCCACUUGGACUUCCUGACUGAGAAGAUGAAGGAUAGUGGAGACACAGAGAAGGUCCGGAAAUUGGUGGAGAUGAAAAUUCGAGUUGACAGAAGAGUCCCUGCAGCCCUGCGGUUCGUGUACGUGAAGAUAAUGUCAGCUGGGAGAGGACUUAAAGAUGUCUUUUACGUGACAGGUCAGACAGGUGUGUAGUGUUCAUACAAACAUCGCAACAGUUAAUUCAAUACAAUUCUUUUAACUGUGAUGUUGAUUUAAGAAAGAAAUGUAAUCACUUUUUGAUAUCUUAAAUAUCAUGUAAAUAAGAAGCCUGAGGCCUCAUUUAUCAACACUGUGCAUGCUCAUUCACAGAAUCCAAUUUAUCAGUUUCUUGUGCUUGAAAAAGUUCUGUAAUGUAAUGUUGAUGGUGUGGCAACCAAAGAAGCCUGGAGACAUAGAACACAAUUUCCAGUGACGAUGAAGGAGCACAUGUACAGUAGAAUGAUGGUAUGUAAAAGUUUAGUUAGUGUGUAAAAGUACAAUUAAUAUGUAAAGUUAAAGUUAAUGUGUAAAAGUACACACAGUACUGUGAUAAUAAGCAGAGUGAACUGGGAGCUCCCAGCUCUUCUUUAAAUGGAGUGACGCCCCCUGGUGUUCAGGGCUCAGUACAACAGCCCCUCCCUCCCUGAUCUCAGUCAGACUGUGUUGAACAUUUAUUUCUCUGAAGGUUUCUAAUGUUGUCAGUGAUUGAGGCUGUGAUUUAUUGUGAUGUUGCUCAUGUUGACACAGUGUCAGUAAACUGGUGGUGGGACAGUAACAUGUCACUGACCUGAUGUAUAAAGAUCAUUAGAAUCAGUUUGUACAGACGAUGUUACAGACACUGAACUCAGACACAGUGUAGAAAUAUUCUGAAUCCAGAGUUUCUGAAGAGUCCACUCAUGAAAUCUGACCCACUUUGGUUUCUUCAUGUGUCUUCCUGCUUGGAAUGACUAGUUCACAUCUGUCAGACCACAGAAACAUCUGGAUCCUCUAAUGUUGGACUUUAUCUGUGAAGCAGCCAUAUUUGAUGAAAUCACGUCCUGAUUGAUGCAGUUUUCUGUGAAUCCUGAAUAAAAUCUGCUUGAUGAAAAGAG